GAUGGCAGCCCCCGCACUAAACGAGGAAAUACAAUAUGUUUCGUACUAUAAUUUUCGUCCUACAUUAUUCCAUGGCUAUGUUGGUCCAUUUGUAAUAAUAUACGCCAUUUGGCUUUACGUUUUGACGGCGGUGUAUGGACUUGAGGAUUAUUUUGAAGCCGGUUUGAUAGCUCUAGCUGUCAUCGGCGUCUUGCAGAUUCUCGUGUCUCUGUUUUGUUUGUGGUCGGUGCAUAUCAGAUGUAUUCUGACAUGUUCAAAAGUUUCUUCACCAGAGAAUGCCAGCUGGGUUAAAGUGGUACCAACACCCAACAAUGGCUCAACAGAAUUGGUUAAGCUAUACAAAACUAAGGAGAACGGGGAGGAGGAGCUAUGGUUCAUGUUCCAGAAAGCCAAGUACCUGUGGGACGGAGCAGAAAAGAAGAAAUUCCUCCCCCUAGUUUUCCCUGUAAACCAUACAAUGGCUCACUACAUGGACUGUAAGGGGUUGCAGGAGGAAUCAGAUGUUACGCACGCAGAGAACCUGUUUGGGAAAAACAUGCUUGAGAUGGAUAUCCCGAGGUUUAUGGAAUUGUUCCAGGAGAGGGCCACGGCACCAUUCUUCGUGUUCCAGGUGUUCUGUGUAGGUUUGUGGUGCCUGGAUGAGUAUUGGUACUACAGCGUGUUCACUCUCUUCAUGUUGAUUGCAUUCGAAGCCACGCUGGUACAACAACAGCUUCGCAAUAUGGCCGAGAUACGCAAAAUGGGCAACAAACCGUACAUGAUGAAUGUUUACCGCAACAGGAAGUGGAGACAUCAGCUGACCACCGACCUGGUGCCAGGGGAUAUUGUUUCCAUAGGCCGUUCACAGGAGGACAGACUGGUACCAUGUGACCUACUUUUGCUGCGAGGCCCCUGUAUUGUGGAUGAGUCCAUGUUGACAGGGGAGUCAGUACCAGUCAUGAAGGAGGCUGCAGAGAUCCUGGAAGGAGACCAUGUACUUGAUGUUGAAGCUGAUGGCCAUCUUCAUGUACUGUUUGGGGGGACCAAGAUCGUACAGCAUACACCACCCAGCAAGACUGCAGCUGGCAUGAAGGCAACAGACAAUGGGUGCAUAGCGUACGUCCUACGGCACAGCUUCAACACAAACCAAGGGAAGCUUCUCCGCACGAUCCUGUACGGAGUGAAGCGAGUGACGGCCAACAGUAUUGAGACGUUCUUCUUCAUUCUCUUCCUGCUCAUCUUCGCCCUUAUUGCGGCAGGCUAUGUCUGGAUCAAGGGUACUGAAGACCCGGACAGAAAUCGAUACAAGCUAUUCCUGGAGUGUACUCUGAUCCUGACAUCAGUUGUGCCCCCUGAAUUACCCAUAGAACUGUCCCUUGCCGUCAACACCAGUCUUCUGGCCCUCACAAAACUGCUUGUAUACUGCACGGAGCCGUUCAGGAUCCCCUUUGCUGGCAAGAUAGACGUUUGCUGUUUUGACAAGACAGGGACACUGACAGCUGACAAUUUGGUAGUGGAGGGAGUGACUGGCCUUAAGGGUAACGAGAUUCAGUCAGCACUAGACUGCCCAACAGAGACGAUCCACGUGCUAGCCUCAUGCCACGCCCUUGUUCAACUAGAGGAUGAACUGGUUGGAGACCCCCUGGAGAAGGCCACACUGAAGGCUGUAGACUUCUCACUCACCAAAGGAGAGACAGUUAUAUCCCAGCGAAAGAAGAUGCAUGGGCUGAAGAUUUUCCACCGGUUCCACUUUGCGAGCGCUCUGAAGAGAAUGUCUGUGAUUGCUGGGCACACGCCCCCAGGAUCCAUGGAAACAGAGCAUAUCGCCACAGUGAAGGGGGCACCAGAAACCAUCAAAACAAUGUUGAAGACUGUGCCUGCUGACUAUGACCGUGUGUACCUAGAAAUGGCCAGACGGGGAGCUAGAGUAUUGGCCCUUGGACACAGAAGGCUCGGCAACCUCUCACACCAACAGCUGAAGACCAUUACCCGAGAUGAUGUAGAGAAGGACCUGCAUUUCUGUGGGUUUGUGGUCAUCUCAUGCCCACUUAAGACAGACUCCAAGACGGUCAUCAGAGAAAUACAGAACGCCUCACAUCAUGUUGCCAUGAUAACAGGAGAUAAUCCACUGACAGCCUGCCAUGUUGCCAAGGAGCUGCGGUUUACACGGAAACAGCACACACUCAUUCUACAGUCACCAUCACAGACUGUCACAGAAUGGGAAUGGCGAUCCAUAGACGACAAUGUAACAGUACCUGUAUGGCCGGCUGGAGAUGUCAGAAAGCAACUGGUGGAAGAAUAUGACCUCUGUUUAACAGGAGAGGGUGUGACAUAUCUGAUAAAGGAACAGCCAAAGUUGUGGAAAAUAGUCCUGCCCAAUGUGAAAGUGUUCGCCCGUGUUGCUCCUAAACAGAAGGAGUUGAUAAUUACAUCACUGAAAAGUCAAGGGUUUAUAACCCUGAUGUGUGGAGAUGGUACAAACGAUGUGGGGGCCUUAAAGCAUGCUCAUGUUGGCGUUGCAUUGUUGGCAAACGCCCCUGAGAGGAUGCCGGAGAAGAAAGUCAGAAGAGAAGAGUCUCCUGCUGAUGCGGGCCCGUCUCAGAGUCCUGCAGACAAGCUUGCUGCCCGUGGGUCUUCAGGCAAAGCCAGCAGGGUGGCCAAACAACGGGCAAUAGCCCGCGGUGAUAAUAUGGCUCCAGCACAGAAGCGGCUACAGGGCAUGCUCAAGGAGAUAGAGGAGGAGGAAAAGGCUUCUAUUGUGAGGCUGGGUGAUGCCAGCAUUGCCUCCCCUUUCACCUCGAAACUCUCAACAAUCAUGUGCAUCUGCCACAUCAUCAAACAGGGCCGGUGUACACUUGUGACGACUCUCCAGAUGUUCAAGAUCCUCGCCCUCAAUGCCCUCAUCCUCGCCUACUCCCAAAGUGUUCUCUUCCUGGAGGGGGUCAAGUUCUCCGACACACAGGCCACCAUGCAGGGCCUCCUAUUAGCCGGAUGUUUUUUGUUCAUCUCAAGGUCAAAGCCCCUAAAGUACCUGUCAAAGCAGCGUCCCCUGCCGAAUAUCUUCAAUCUGUACACCAUUCUCACCGUCAUGUCCCAGUUUGCCGUCCAUUUUGUCUCCCUCGUGUAUCUCGUGCAGGCAGCUCAAAUCAUUUCUCCUAGGGAGGGUAAAAUUGACCUUGAGGCCAAGUUUGCGCCCAAUCUACUAAACACCACAGUCUACAUCAUCUCCAUGUCGCUACAGGUUUCCACAUUUGCUGUCAACUACAAGGGUGAGCCCUUCAUGGAGAGCCUGUUUAACAACAAGCCAAUGAUGUACAGUAUAUCCAUCUCUGGCGGGGCAAUCAUCGCCCUGGCUAGCGGGCUUAUGCCAGAGAUGAACGAGUAUUUUGAGCUUGUACAGUUACCUGAUGAAUUCCGUAACACAGUGCUGGCGGUUGUGAUAGUAGAUAUAGUCGGGGCUUUUAUGAUCGACAGAAUAUUGCAGCUGCUAUUUGGAACAGCAAAAGUUCGCCGAAGAUAAUGAUGUCUCAGAUGACUUAGAUUUUUUAAUUUUUUUUAUCAUUGUUGAGAAAUUAACAAUGAAUUGGUUUUAGAUUUCAAAAAUCUUUUUGUAUAAAGUGUUCAACUCUUACAUUGAAACAACUCAUAUUCCGGACAUUUGUUGCGAAACUCAAGAAUGGAUUCAUGCAUCUCAUUCAUUUUUGUUCUUAAAAAGAGGUGAAAGUGUAAAGUCAUAAGCAGAUGCUUGAUAGGUUAGCAGAUUACUGUAGGUAUUUAUUGAAUUGCCAAUCAAGUGGUAAGGCUUUUAGUGUGGUCACACGCUCAGCUCUCCACGCUCAGGUGGUUUAGUGUGUAUCAAUAUGGCAGCCUCAAAUGCUCAGUGUUUUUCUCAAAAACCUUUUUUAUUAAUGUUAAAAAAUGCAUUGAGGCUAAAAUAAAAUAUCAUAUAUACCACCCCCAACAGCCAACCUAAAAAAAAUCAUCUCAACCUAAAUGAUUUUAGUGCUAAAAGUAUAUUUUUUAUUUUGUACAGCCAAGCUAUGGAGAAAUCAGUAAACCCUGUUAUUUUGGGGGGAAAUUAUAAACAGAACUUUAUCGGUUUCGUGGGAGUGAAAACAGAGAAUACUUUAAGGUCUUGCCAGAGGCAUCGUCUUUCUUAUCUUCAUUUUUUUAAUAUAGCAAAACGAGCUACAUUGUAAAUAAAGUUUUGGUCACUCCAUUUGGUAGAAACCUUUCACCAAUCAAGCAUAUCUUUUGUCACCUUUGAUGGACUGCUUGUACAUGUGUGAUAUGGUAAAAUAUUUUAUGGGGUAAUAUUUACAUGAAAUACUCGAAAAUAUAAAAAACACAGAAUUCAUGGUACAACUUUAAUUCGUCAAAUAUUCAUCGAAUAUUAAUUUGGUGUCAAAAUGAGUGCAUCUAUAAAUGUUUCAAAUAAAUUGUCUACCAUUGCAUAUAUUUUCCUGCGAUAUUCGUCUGUUGGCUGUUGAAUAUGCUUCAUUGAAAAAGAGGGACCAUUCAAAUGCAUUCAAAAUCAAAAAUAAGUAUUGGAUGAUAUGAUGUAAUUCUUAGUCUAUCUAAGAAUGAGAUUGAUUCCUCUCUGCCAAAUGUUCCAAAUAUGUAUGUAACAGCAGGAAAUGAACAUGAAUAAGAGACAAUGCUGAAUAUUUUCAUUAAUUUGAGAUUUCAUUCAAUAAUAUUUUAACUUUUCUGUUUUUUCGGAAAAAAAUAAUCUAGGUCUCGUCAUUGCCUUAGUGUCGUUGUGCAUUUUUUUACCCUGUCCAAAAGUCCUUACAGAUAUUCACAUUAAACUUUGUGUUCAUAUUAACAUAAACAAUACACAUGCAAAGAAAUGCACAAGUUCAUCAAGGCCAUUACACAUGUACUGCCAGAUUCAACAACCCAUGUAUAGCAUGGGUCAUUACUCCUGCUUCAAUACACUUGCUUGUGUCCAGUUACGACCUUGUUCAGCUAAGAGUAAACAGACAGACAUGGCAUUCACUCCACAGUCCUCUGUUUCCUCAGAACUUUAUCCAUGAAUAUACUAUUCAGACUAACUGCACAGAUGUAUGUUCCAUGUACAAUGUCCUAGUCAAGGCCAGUUGCUUAGCUGUUUCUCAUCCAGUCUAGGCUAAAGAUACAACAGCUAAUGGUAAAAUUUCAGCAGGUAUUCUUUUAAAUCCUAUAAACUCGGUUUAAGAAAAUUGAGCAACCGGCCUUUUAUGUUAUAGAUAUGUAUAUACAGGGUAAAAACAAAUCUUGCGACAAUGCUUUUAAAUAUCAAAAUUUCAAAACGAAUAAUUAUCAAGUGCUAUACAACUUUGAAAAUGUAAACUCUUACCUACCUAAAUAUGUAGAUGAACUAAUAUUCAUUAAAAAAUUUAUUAGUGCCAAAACAUAUUUCUAAUGGGUAGCGGUCAGUUGUAAAAAGUUACAAAUUGAUGCUAUUUUAAUAUAAAAACGGCUUGACGGAGUCAAAUUUCAGGAAUUGACCAAGAUUGUGUGAGUAUUUGAAGAUUACAUUUAAUUAAACAGAGAUUUGAUCAUGUAAACCAAACCACUAAAUCUGAAAUACAACGCCACUCGUUUGCAUGGUGUAUGUAUCAUUUAGGUUUGUUCAGUGGUAAUGUGUUGAAACAAAAAUAAAUAAAUCAUUCAAUCAAGCCCUAAUUUCCCUGUUUAAACAUAUGUAACUGUAGACAAAUUUGUUGAAAAUUGGAUUCUUAACAUUGUGUUGUUGUUGUUAAACAUUCCCGUGGCCUUAUCGUCGUGGUUAUAAUUAAUGUGUACUUUAAAUAGGACAAAGAAUGGUCUUUUUGUGACUUCAAGUCUUACCUCUAUGUGUUUAAGACGAAUAGAACAUUAUGUCAUUAACAAUAAGUAAUUUUGAUAGCAGAUUUUCUCGCUAAGAAUCCCCUUUUAUAUGAUACAUGUAUAAUACAAGAAAAAAUCUGACAUGAAAAGCUACACAUAUUUAAGGUCUGUAGCAUGUGUCAAUACUUUUUGCCGAGUAUAUAUGAGGUUUGGUCGAGGAGUAAGCAGAAUUUUGUUGAAAAUGUUUGAAAAUUGUUAUGUUGAUGAUUAUUUGAUUAUGUUUUUCAUCAAAAGGUGCAUUUAGAUGUCUGGUAUCCAUGACAACAUACAUAUGUGUACUGGAAGCAGGUUAAAAUUAAUUUAACAUGUGUGAAAAAGAUAAUAAUUUGGCAGGUUGAUAUGGCAUUAAAAAUGUGGAAUAAAUAUCUCAUUUUGAUAUCUUUAGCUGAAAAUUUGAAGAUGUUAUCUUACACAUUGGGCCAAUUGACCAAUUUGUUCAGAACUUCGUUAAAGUUAACAACGUGAUUAAUCACUUGUUGUUAACUUUUAAACAUGAAAUAUUUUAUGAUGAGCUCACAUAUUCAAAUAUAAACAAGUACAGCUGAAACAGUUGUCUCAAAUCUUGUUAGAAAUACAGGAGAUCACAAGUAAAACUUGCAGAGCAGUAUCAAUAUGAAUGCUAACAACUAUAACAUUAUAACUUUGUUGACUUGAACAAAGUUUUUAGCAAUCGGCCCAAUAACAAGUAAUCAUCAAGUUUCAAUUUUUUUAAUUUUUGGGGGUCGGCUAAGAUCCUUGUGUCUAACCACUACGGUGGAUGGCUGCAAACUUCACAAACAACCAUCAAAUACUCUGUUUCACGAUUUAAAGCUAUAAAUAUUCAAAGGUAUGCACUUUUAAGAUUAUAAAGUAUCAUGAUUGCAUUUGGCACAAGGCUUGCACUUUCAAGAUUAACAUUGAUGAAGUUGAAGAAGUCUUAGUUAAACCAUUUGGAUUUCUCUGCCAUGUUAAAUGUUGAAACCUAUCAAAACCAUUGUACAUGUUAUAUUCAACUCUGUUCAGUACCAUUCUAGAAUUUAUUUAUUGACAGUUGUAAAUGUUGUAAAAUAAAGAAUGAUCUACA